AUGGAUUCAUGUACGAGGUCAACAUCACAGUCAACAAACAGCUGUAAGAGUGAGGAGUACAACAAGAGCCAUGGAACUAUCACCAGUCCUGACUACCCAGCACCCUACCCUACCAACUUCUGUAAGGACUGGUUCAUCACUGGCAACGCCAAUGACAUCAUUACAAUCAGUUUUAAGAUGUUUGAUGUCGAGACUGGUGUACUGGGAUCCUGUGAUCGUGAUUUCCUGGAGAUUGGUCCAGACCCUAAGAUGAGAAUAUGUGGUAAUAUAAGCAGCAUCCCGAGGGUUUAUAUUUCUAAAACAAAGCAUGUUCGAAUACAUUUCAACUCUGACUAUAUGACAACAGGAGCUGGUUUUGAGCUUAUGUAUAUCAUGGGUCCACUGUACACCCAGAAGUGUGAACAAGACAAGUUCCGCUGUAACAUUGGAAAGUGUAUAUUUGAGGAGUGGAAGUGUAACGGUGUAGCUGAAUGUGAGGAUCACAGUGAUGAAACAAGCUGUCCACAAGUAACCCACACAACAAUACCUCCCACUACACAGACCUGUACCAACAACAGUCUGUUGUGUCAGGACAUGGGCACAGGUAGGAACCGCUGUAUUCCAAAGGCCCAAUGGUGUGAUGGUGAAAAGAAUUGUCUGUAUGGGGAAGAUGAAGAGAGAAAACUUUGUCCUUCUUUCAAAUGCAAUAGUCACAUUGACAGUCAGACAGGGUUUGUGAUAUCCCCCAACUUUCCCUUUGAUUACCCCAACAACCUCAGUUGUAUCUGGACAAUCCAUGUACAGGACACAUCAGCACAAGUACAAUUACGAUUUGUUAAAUUUGAACUCCAAAAGGAGGCUGGGACAGACUCCCUAACAGUGUACGAUGGAACAUAUCAUGAGGGAAAGGUCAUUGGUGUAUACUAUGGUGGACUGGAAAAUGUUCCGAAAAUGGUGGAAUCCACUACUGAUUAUAUCACCUUGAAGUUCCAAACAAACCAUGUGCGGGCAGAAAGUGGUUUUAAUAUUACAUUCCAAAAGAAAGGUGUAUGCCUACCAGAUCAAGCCUCAUGUGGUUCCACAGAGAAAGACUGUUACCCUAUAGAUAAAGCUUGUGACGGGAUGUGGAAUUGUCGCCUACAUGGAGGAGACGAGAAGGGGUGUGGUAUCUGUGACAAGGAUCAUUUCCGUUGUGGUUUAAAAGACAGUCACCAAUGUUAUGAGGAGAAGCAGAGAUGUAAUGGAAUCUCACGAUGUGCAGAGCUUGAAGAUGAACUUAAUUGUAAUCCUGUGUUAUGUGGCUCUCAUAAUGGAACAUUUCUCUGUGAUAACAAGAGGUGUAUCUAUGAGACUUGGAAAUGUGAUAAAACAAAUGACUGUGGUGACAACAGUGACGAAAUAAAUUGUCCACGAAGUACCAAUCUGAUCACCAUAGCAGCGGUGGCAGGCUCACUGAUCUGUGCCCUCUUGUUGGUCGUAGCCAUGGGAUGUACUUGUAAGCUCUACAAUCUCCGAAUGCAGCAGUUCCAUGGACCACGACACGAGACACCACUCACACGAAUGUAUGCAGAGUUCAUGAGAAGAAGAGCACCGCCACCUUAUCACGAGGCCAUGUUAACAUCACGGCCUUAUGACGAGGUGCGACAGGAGCUUGCUGAACAAACCAACCAGAAUGAAACAUCAGGAUCUCGUUCAAGACGUCAUCGGCGGCGAACAGCACGUUUAGCCCGCCAACAGCAGUUAGCAUCUUACAACACUGCAGGUCAUUCUGGGGAACAAAAUGAUAGCUGCCCAACUGAAUCAGCCAGCAAUUCACAAUCAGGGGAAAACACAAUAUCAGGUGAAAGUUCACAGACUAUAGAUAAUUCAAAUUUGACAUGGAACACAGACUCCCAUUCGUCAACUCUGGCCCUCGUUCCUGACAGUAGUGAUACAACAGAAGGACCUGACGAUUCUGGAGAGGACAGUGAUCAGCAAGAUGGUGAACAUGUCAGUUUCUCACAUGAUAUAGACAUAACAGCAAGAUGGAGGCGCCAAAGGAAUUCUGGGAAAGAAGAUAGUGGUAGUGAGUGUCAAACUCUUCUUCAGGAUGAUCCUCCAGACUCACCACACUCUGUAGGCAGAGGAAGUGGUGAUGUAACUACGACAUCCUGUGACAGUGCUGACCCGUCUUCCGUUAUCACAGUGGGAAAUCUCGGUGAUAGUGACAAUGAAUCUAAUAAAUCCUGUGAUACUGAAAUGUUGGGUGCUUCAUCUUCGUUGCUCUGUCAAAGUGAAAAUCUCAUUUCUUUCACUGAUCCAGACGUAGGCGAAGCCCAACAGGAGACCAGUGAAUCUUCAAGUGAUACUGACGCUGUAACCAUUGGUGAAAGUUCAUCUCCUUCAGAAAUGUUUUGAUUUCUACCUAUGGUAGGUGGCAUGCUUAAUAUUUGUGCCACUCUCCCUGGAUAUAGAACCAUGUUGUAGACAUUAUCCCAAGACUCUCACGUUCAUACAACAUCUAAUUAUAGAUGAUUAUGAUACAAACACCUAAUAACAUGAUGAUUUUGUAUAUUCUGACACUAUUGUGAUGUUUUUUCUAAGAAAGUGAUAUUUUCUUUAAUGAGAUAUAGUGUUGAAAUGUGUGGUAAUGAUCGCCCUUGCAUAACAACACUUUGAUGUUUUGACAUAUUCAGGUUUGGAAAAACGAGAGUCAAAUAGAUCCCAGAUUUGAUUCCUUUUUAUUGAAAAAUCAAUAGUAAUGAUACCAGGUAUACAGUGUAAUAUGUCAUCACAUUUUCCCAUUUCCCUCAUAUAAGUGAAACCAGUGCUUUCCUUUGAUUAGUUCUUAAGUAUACUUAUGCAUUAAACAUGCUAGAAAAAUAUAUAUUUUGUCACAAGAAAAAAAAUUAAUAU